AUGGACGAAGACGAAAACCCAAACAAACCCCAUCUCAUGGAUGACGGCGACGACAGCUACGAGUACGAGAACGACUCGUCGUCUGAGUCCAGCUCCGGCUCGGUGGCCUGCACCGGCAUCAUUAUGGUCUCGCCACCGGAGAGCUCAGAGGUCGACGAAGCUCACAACAACAGAGCCUCCCAAGACGUGUUCCAGACCCCACCCGAAUACUCAUACCCGCCAACCUCCGAAGGGAAAACUCCGUUGCUGGAAGUUAAUACGAGCGACGACGAUCCUCCAUACGAGGAUGUUGGAGACGGGCGAGGCGUAAUCGUGGCCUUCGGCGAAGGUACGGGUGCGGUGGAUUUGGGAGGGGACACGGAUCUAGGGUUUGCAGAGGCUGCAGAGGUGGAAUUUAGGGUUUUGAGGAGGGAAUUGUCCCCGGAAGGCGGUUUACUGGAACCCCCAUUGAAGAAAUUGAAGGAUUCCGAGCACAAUUUGGGAAAAUUUGAGCCCUCCUGCAGUUCCACUGAAAGUCUCGAAAUUGACGGUUGCGAUGAGAGUUCGGGUGAGGAAGGCUCGGAGGAAAGGAAGCUGGACUCUUCUGACAACGAGAGCGAGAGUGCUGUCGAAGAAACUCAAUCGAACAGUGAUGAAAAAGACAGCGUUGUGGAGAUGGAGGAUGGCGGCGAGGAAUGCCUGGAUGAUGUGAUGAGGAGUACACCAAAUGUGACUACUGAGGAAUUGCGGCGAAUAGACAGCCCGUGGCGAGGGCGGGCUCUGCCACGAUCGAUCGUGCAGGCUGGGUCUAGUGCUAUGGAUGGUGAGGAUAUGGUGCAGAAUGAGGUUGCUAUAUUGGAUGUGUUGAAACUUCUGAAAGACAAGUAUGAUGGUGAUGGUGAUGGUGAUGGUGUGGUUGACAAUGGUAGUUUUUGGGAGAUAAGUAGGAGUCGAGGCAUGACUUUUCCCCGGCCAUCGUGGUGGCCGGAAGGCGGGUUCUGA